AUGGCGCAGUCCGCCGCUCUCAAGCUGCCUGAGUUUUGGGAGACGUCCACCGCAACGUGGUUUGCUCAGGCGGAGGCUCAGUUCGCCCUUCGUGGAAUUACUGACGAUGACACGCGCUAUUACCAUGUUGUCUCGGCGCUCGGGAGCUCCACGGCGACCAGGACAGUGAGUUUCAUCACUUCUCCUCCAGCCCACGGGAAAUAUGCGGGUAUUAAGGCAUAUCUGCUGAAGAUUUUUGAACUGUCACGUUCCGAACGGGCCCGACGCCUCCUUUCUAUGCAGGGCCUGGGGGAUAGCAAGCCCUCAGAACACAUGGAGGUGAUGUUAAACCUGCUGGGCAGUGAAGAGCCAAAUUUCCUCUUUAUGGAACUGUUUCUGCGACACAUGCCGCCUCACGUGCAGACGGCUCUCGCGAAUACAGCCAUUACGGAGCCACGUGCUCUGGCGGAGGAGGCAGACCGGUUCUUCCUGGCCACCCAUCGUUUCGUCCCUGACGUGUUGGCCCCGACACGCAGCUACACCCCCCCUGGUGCGGCCGCUCUGCCUGUUAGGGGGCGCAAUGUGACUGACGGCCCGGCCAGCCCUGACGGUGGGUCGCGUCCGUGUGGUGACUACCGCCGUCUUAAUGAUGCGACCACGCCCGAUCGUUACCCGGUGCCCCACAUUCAAGACUUUUCCGUACAUUUGGCGGGGAAGUCCGUGUUCUCUAAAGUGGAUCUGGUGCGGGGUUACCACCAAGUCCCGGUGCACCCUGCGGACAUCCCGAAGAUGGCAGUGGUGACUCCUUUCGGGCUGUUCGAGUUCCUCAGGAUGCCUUUUGGCCUGAAGAACGCAGCCCAGUCGUUCCAGCGGCUAAUGGACUCGGCACUCAGGGACAUGUUUUCCAUCUUCGUCUACUUGGACGAUGUCCUCGUCGCCAGCUCCUCGGAGGAGGAGCACCUGACACAUCUCCGAGUUAUUUUUACACGGCUCGACCAGCACGGGCUGAUCAUUAACCCGGCUAAGUGUGUUUUUGGGGUGCCAUCCAUAAAGGUCCUCGGGCAUCUCAUCACCAGUGAAGGGGCUGCCCCCCUCCCUUCAAAGGUGGAAGCCGUUUCCACUUUUCCACGCCCACGCUCGGCCCGGGGGCUCCGUGAGUUCCUCGGUAUGGUAACCUUCUACCAUCGGUUCAUUCGACAAGCGGCUCACGUAAUGCGCCCGCUCUACGAGGCCCUUAAGGGUACGACCCCCAACCAGGACGUUGUCUGGACCGCGGAGGCAGACCAGGCCUUCGAGGACACAAAAGUUGCGUUGUGCCAGGCCGCUAUGUUGGUUCACCUGUCACCUGGGGCCCCGGUUGCCCUCACUACUGACGCGUCCAACUAUGCCGUGGGCGCUGUAUUCGAGCAGUGGGUCGAGGGUACCUGGCAACCGCUCGCCUUUUUCAGCCGCCAGCUUGUCCCCAGGGAGCGUAAAUACAGCACCUUUGACAGAGAGCUGCUCGUUGUUUGGUUGGCAAUCCGCCACUUCCGCUUCGUCCUGGAGGGCCGUGAGUUUACGGUUUUUGUUGACCACAAGCCCCUUACGUUCCCCAUGUCUAAGGUGGCCGAGCCGUGGUCCGCCCGCCAGCAGCGCCAGCUGGCGUUCAUCUCGGAGUAUACUAUGGACAUACGACACAUUGCCGGCCAAUCCAAAGUGGUUGCGGAUUGUCUUUCCAGGGCGGUCGUUGGUGCGUCCCUCAAGGACUCGGACACUGGACUGCAGCUGGGAAGGGUCGCGGUCGGCGCUUCUGGGGUUAGGUUGUGGUGUGACCUCUCUACCGGCCAGCCCAGGCCUCUGGUCCCCGCCAACUGGCAGCGGUCCGUUUUUGAGACUAUACACGGCCUGUCCCAUCCUGGCAGAAAGGCAUCUGUUAGGAUUGUAUCGCAAAAGUUCGUCUGGAGAGGACUCAAGAAGAAUGUGCGGGCCUGGGUUGAUUCUUGUGUGGCCUGUCAGCGUGCUAAGGUGCACCGCCAUACCAAGGCCCCAUUAGAACCUUUUGUUGUUCCGGAGAGGAGGUUUGACCACGUUAACAUCGACCUGGUGGGGCCGCUUCCUCCUUCACGUGGUUUCACUUACCUCCUCACGGUGGUAGACAGGACGACGCGCUGGCCUGAGGCUGUUCCCCUCGCCUCUAUCACGUCUGCCGAUGUGGCUCUGGCGUUCAUUGGCACGUGGGUUUCGCGUUUCGGUACGCCCUCUGAUCUAUCCUCUGACCGGGGUGCGCAAUUUUCCUCGGAGAUCUGGAAUGCUGUGGCGGGGGUUUGGGUGUCAAGUUGCACCGCACCACUGCAUACCACCCCCAGGCUAACGGACUCUAUGAAGGCUGCCCUUCGGGCCAGCCUGACGGACGGCAACUGGGUGGACAAACUGCCCUGGGUCAUGCUUGGCCUUAGGACCGCCCCCAAGGAGGAUCUGCAGUCCUUGUCUGCCGAGCUUGUUUACAGCCAGGCUUUGCGGGUGCCUGGGGAUUUUAUACCGGAUGCUACGAGACCUUGGUCUGCUACCGAACAGCGGUCCUCCCUGCGGGAGGUGGACACGGGGUUUGCGCCUGUUCCUACGUUGCAGCACUGCUCCCCUGAGUCCUGGAUGCCCGCUGGCCUCCGCUCUGCGUUGUUUGUCUUUGUCCGCCACGACGCCCACCGUGGACCGCUGCGUCCCCCUUACGACGGCCCGUUUAAGGUUUUGCAGCAUGGGGACAAGAGCCUGGUCGUGGACAUUGGGGGUAGACCUGAAACUAUUUCCGUCGAUAGGAUCAAGCCUGCUCAUGUGGACAUUUCCAGACCGUUGGUGUUGGCCCAGGCCCCAUGCCGCGGGCGCCCCCCAGUACUUUGUCCCCCUGGUCAGUCGGGAGUUCCUUCGGCCGGGACGGGGCCGGCUGCGUCCCCCGCUUCCCUCCCCUCAGCCCCUGCCACUUGUACUCGGAGUGGUCGGGCCAUCAUUCCAUUCCGGAGUGGGGAUUUUGACUAUGGUUGA